AUGGCUAAAUCACAUGAAAGCAAGCAGAGCUAUUUAUUAACAGUUCAGAAGCUGGUGGCUGAGUUAGUUGGAACAUACAUGCUUAUAUUAUUUGGAUCUGGAUCAGAAUUCAUACAAGCACAGAAACCAAAUCAAGAUCUUUCACUAGCAGGCGUGGCUCUCUCCUGGGCUAUUGCAGUGACAGCCAUAGUAUAUUCCAUUGGUCAUAUAUCUGGUUCUCACAUCAACCCAGCCUCAAGCAUUGCCUUGGCUUUUAUUGGCAAAUUUCCAUGGAAGCUGGUUCCAGCUUAUGCGUUGGCUCAGCUGAUAGGAGCUAUGUUGGCUGGUUUGACGCUUCGGCUGCUCUUUGGAGGAAACCAGGCGUAUUUGUUGUUAACACUGCCUGUUGGAGAAAAUCCAGCUAGUGAUAUAAAUGUGAUGGCGUGGGAGAUAAUAAUCACUUUCAUCUUCUUGUUUGUUAUAUGUUGUUCUGUAUUGCACCCUGGAGCUGCUAAGGGCUUCGGAGGAGUGGCCAUAGGAGCAGUAGUCUUUGUAAACGUGAUCAUUGCAGGGCCAAUAACUGGGUGUUCUAUGAACCCUGCGAGGAGCGUUGGGGCAGCAAUCGUAGCUCACAAUUUCCACAAGCUUUGGAUCUAUAUAAUAUCACCGAUUAUAGGAGCUGUUGGUGGAUGCGUGCUGUAUUAUUUCCUUCAGAUUUCUACAAAGGCAAGCACUGAAGAUUUGCCAGUAGCUGAAUCUCGUCGUAUUGAAACUACACUUGGUCAUCCAAAUCCAGCCUACUCAGGGGUCGAUGAUGUGCAGUCUUCAUCCUCCACCUGGAUGGCGAAUUCUGCAACAUAUUUACAUUUGAUGGCAAUUUUGGCAACCAGGGGCUGUUUAUAA